AGGGCUAUGGCGGGAAUAGUAUAGGACAAUGGCUACUGCUGUUGGCCUUGUCGUAAAAUCGGAGUCUGCUGCUACGGCCAUGGCCAAUGGAGCUCGCACUCAUCCCCCUCCUCCUCCUCCACCAUGCGCAGCACCAACGCCCGCAGAUUCCAAGCACCAACUUCUUCACAAUCCAGGCCUGGCUGUUGAGUGGAGCGCCGAGGAGCAAUCCAUUCUGGACGAGAGCCUCCACACCUUUGGGAGUGAGGCAGGCGUGUGGAAGUACAUCAAGAUCGCAGCCCUUCUGUCGGACAAGAGCGUGAGGGACGUUGCUCUGCGAUGCCGAUGGAUGGCCAAGAAGGAGGUCGGCAAGCGGAGGAAGGCCGAAGAACAACACAACGCUUCCAAGAAAUCCAAGGACAAGAAGGAUAAGACUGUAGACGUGAAGCCAUCAACAGCAGCUCUGGCCAAGACCGGCGGCAACGGCAACAGCAACAACAACAACAACAACACGAGCACCAACACCGGCUCCAUGCCCAUGUACUCUACCGCGCCCCUUCCUAUUGAUGCCGACGAUGGUAUUUCAAACGAAGCAAUCGGUGGCACCGCCGGGGAGCUGUUUGACCAAAACCUCCAAGUGGUUGUGCAGAUACGAGCCAACCUGGCUGCUGGCAAGGCCCAGGAGAACACGGAUCUCCUGGCCAAGUUCCGGGACAACCUGGAAGCGCUCCUCGACGGGAUGUCUAAUGUAUCGGGGAUCAUGAGCCACAUGCCCCCGCUCCAGAUUGCAAUCAACAGGGAGCUGGCGGACACCAUCCUUCCCACAAAGUCGCAGCCGUGAUAAAGUGGGGGGACUAGCUAGGCUUAUUCUUGUACAGAGAUUUUAGGAGGAGCUAGGGCUUAUAGGUAGGCGUGCGCGGGGUGGGCGGCGCCAUGGUGCAGGCGAUCAAGGGCGUCCUGGUGAGCUGGUGCGUCACACUUGCCCGCUGCUUUUUGCGCUUGAUGGCCGUGGCCGUGGUGCGUGCAGCGACAUACCCAUGGCGCAGUUUGUCAUUCACAUGAACGACCAGCUCCCCGCGGCCCAGCAGUUUAUCA